AUGGUCUCGGUUGAAUCAACCGCAGCACAAGCAGCCUCUGCAGUCGCCCAUGGGCCCAUCACCUCUGCUUCACCUGCUCUGCUGAAUUUGACCAACCUCAGAACAGCAGCUGCGAAUGUAACAUCCUCCUUCGCCCUCCCAUUCGCCAAACACCCGAUUUUCCGCUACCCUCUCCGACUUGCCUCACGGAUCGAUCGAGCCCUUCUCCACGUAUGGGACCAAUUCAUUUUGGAAGGACUCGGUAUCAAUAGCCUGACAAGAGCUGGGACGGUCACAGCCGCUGGCACUGCCGGAGCCCAAGCCAUGGCAGAUGCAGCAGUCCAGCCAGGUGUAGCCCAGGCGGUCGGAGAUGCGGCCGCAGAGAGUUGGUCGACCUUCUUUACAGAGGUGUUCCAAGCGACAGGUUUCAAAUCUUAUUGGGGCAUGUUGCACUAUCUCACUUCAAGAUGGGCCUUCAUAUGUUUCGUGGUGGCACUGAUCCUAAAUCGUAUCAGUGUUUACGGGGCAUCGAGGCAACGAAUACAAUUGACAUGGACGAGGAGAUUGGCUCUGCGGAUCGUUCCCAUUCUGUUGUUCGUAUCUCAGAUUCAUCAUCUCCUGCAGGCCAUUCGAUGCCAGACGUCGCCGGACUUCUCGCUUCAUCGGCACGGAGACAACAACAAGUAUAGCCUGUUAGAUUGGUCGACAGACGGGGGCUCGCUGCACACCCUGGCUUCCACACUGCUGUUCCAGUCGACGGAUGCCCAAGCCUGUGCUGCAGUGGGAAUGAGCCGACCAAGUCCCGAUGUUCGAGCACCUUUCGGUUCUUUCUCACUUCUCUGGCCGUCCUUCUUGCGGCUGAGCCUCUCCCAUGUCGUGGAAAAUCUAUCUUGCUCGCUGCAACAGAUCCCGACAACGGCAGAGGUGGGAAUGUCCGUGUUCGAGCAUUCUCUAGCAUUCGCGGAGGCUGAGACGAUGAUCUCCCACACCCUGGGUCUAGGCUAUUAUGGGUCAAUGAGAUCUUCCGGCGGCGGUAAAACAAACAGCACGUCUCCUAGCCUCGAGUCCCACCCUACCAUACCUGCAUCAGGUACAAUAUUAGCUCUUGCCGACGCCACGACCGCCUUGACAGGUCCGCAUCUGCUUGAUCGUGUCAAUGUUCCGGUGGAGGUUCUCGUGGUCACCUUGCUCUCGUGCUGCAACUCGCUUUCAUCUCAUAUUAUUGCUGUUUUGGGAAAGCAGCGCCAGUGGAGGCUGGUCAAUACCGGUAUCUGGGCGAUGGCUUUCAUGGGGGCGUUUGUCUGGGGAUUCUGCACAACCAGUGUUAUGGUUAGGAGCGGUGACAAUGGAGACAAUCGUCCUGUCAGCAGCCUUUUACACUUCCCUACCGUGGCGAUCAUAGGAUUUCUUCCCCAUAUGGUCAUCUUGGUCGGGAUCGCAGUCUGUCUGCUCAUAUACGCCGUUGCUCUCACUUUGACGGCAGUCUCACUGGGCACAAAUCCGCACAUCCCACGGCCAACCACUCUCAGGGAACGUUUCAUGAUAGCUCACGACAAUCUGCAGGUUGCAGUCCAGACCCGGGGGAUUGAUAUCCGCUGGCAUGAGGACUUCUACACAUCACUCCUCCGCACUGGAUUUGCUGCACUGACGGCGGCAUCAGAAGCGGUUUUCUUGAAUGAGGGCAGGGCUGUCGAAGUCCGCCAAUUCACAUGGCUAGAAGAGGACAGAUUAGAUGAAUUCGACACCGCAAUGCGGGAAAUGGGAGCAUUUCAAAAUGCCUUCCCAAACAGUCCACAGUUCCAGAUUCUGGAAGAAUACGGCCUGCCUCCUUCGAGUCCUGGGGCCGCGGAUAAGGGCGGUGUUUGGGAGUCGGGCUAUUCCAGGGAACGAAAAUUCGACAAGAAGGAUAACGAAGCCAAAGGUUCAUUUGUCUAUCCUACUCCUCGUGCUGGCGGAGUCGGCGCUGUACAGCGGACAACCCGAUUUUACCUGAUCAUGAUUUAUCUUCGGGGUAUCAUGUUUUUAAUAGCCGGAUAUAUUGGCUUUGGGAUUGGCGCUUUAUUGGACACGGUUGGCAUUACGGCGCGCCCUCGUUGGCUCAGACGAAUCGUUGGUCGGUCUCUGAAGAAGUUGAACUCGAGGCCGAGCGGACCAAACAACGAACGGACGCUUGACUUUUGGAUUCUGACAGAAGACGGAAAGCUCACUAUAGCGAGCAGCGAUGAAGUUGACAUCGAGCCCGAGAUGAGGAGGCGGCUGAUGACCGAAUUUCCAGAAGAGAGGAUUGAUGAACUCCUCGACACAAAGCUGUAUGAGUGGUGGAAGUCAGGUGGUUGGUUUGGUGCGAAAGACGACAGCGGAGAUUAUGAGCCGUCAAACACAGACGAUCUCGACGACACCACGAGUAUCAUUUCGAUGGCUACUGAAGCCAGCACACACAACGGCGAGACCGACGAAGAUGCCUGGGAGUCUGAGCCCGAUGGGACACGAACACCCACUCAGUCGUCAACAGGACCGUCGUGGUCAUUCUCCGGCGUCCAAAACAGAGAAUCAACCCCAACACCAGCAUUCACAGACUCUCCUUUGGAUGCGGCGACGCUCGCAAGACUUUUAAAUCCACCAGACAGAGAAUCUCGCGAGGAAGCACGGAUUCUUGCCUCGCACCUGGCUACUGUGGCCUCCGACUCUCCCGGCGUCAUGACUCGUUCACGCUACCGUCGCGAGAUUGAAGCUGAACGAGCUCGAAUCCUGCUUGCAGGACGCAGUCCGGAUCCCUCACGAUCAACUCACCACAGGGUCCCCACGGUCUCGUUGUACAAAGAACCUUCAAGCACGGGUCCUCGACCGCUUACCUCGCUGGAGGAAGCAGAGGUGCUUGAAUCACUAAUCCUCAGCCGUCGACAGAAGAAUGCACCCCCACCACCGACGCUGAAGAGUGAAUCGUCAAGCACAAGCAACCCAGAGGAAGACCGACAAUACGGUCCGCCCUGCGUUGUUUGUCAGAUCGCGCCUCGAACCAUUAUCGCUUGGCCAUGUCGAUGUCUAUGCGUAUGCGAGGACUGUCGAGUCAGCUUGGCAUUGAACAACUUUGGGAACUGUGUCACUUGUCGGCGGACCGUGCAGGGGUUUGUGAGGCUAUACGUGCCGUGA